UUGCAUAGAGUAAGGCGGGACUUCCGGCGCCACUCGGAGGUGCUCGUUUUGGUUGUUCUCUAUUCUGGCCCACAACUGAGUUAGGAACGCUGCGUCCGGCGCAGAGCCGGGAUCGCCCAGCUGCACAGCGGUCCGUGGGUGGCCGGCGCUGGUGGCAGCCGUGUCUGGGUUCCCGCCCCGGGUCGCCCGCCACUUCCGGCCCCGCUCUGCCCGUAAUCCGAUGGCGGCGUCCGUGCUGAGGGCUCUGACUCCGGUACCCAUGACUGCAGAAGCUAAAUUUACGGGCUUCACACAGGGCUCUGUGACCUUGGAGGACGUGGCCAUUUACUUCUCCCAGGAAGAAUGGGGGCUCCUUGAUGAGGCUCAGAGGCUCCUGUACCGUGAUGUGAUGCUGGAGAACUUUGCACUUUUAACCUCACUGGUUUGUUGGCAUGGGAUAGAGGAUGAAGAGACACCUGAGCAAUGUAUUUCUGUAAAAGGAGUACCUCAGGUCAGGACUCCAGAGGCAAGUCCAUCCAUCCAGAAGACUCAAUCCUGUGACAUGUGUGUCCCAUUCCUGACUGACAUUUUGCACCUGACCAAUUUGCCUGGGCAGAAAUCAUACUUGACUGGGGCAUGCGCGGUCCUUCACCAGGAUCAGAAGCAUCAUAGUGCGGAGAAACCCUUGGAAAGUGACAUGGACGAGGCCUCAUUUGUGCAGUGCUGCCUAUUCCGUGAGUCAGGAAUGCCUUUCACCAGUAGUGAGGUUAGGAAGGACUUCCUCGCCCCAUUGGGCCUUCUUCAGCCACAGGCCAUUACUAACUAUGAGAAGCCAAACAAAAUCAGCAAAUGUGAGGAGGCCUUUCAUGCUGGAAUAAGUCAUUACAAAUGGGGUGAAUGCAGGGAAGAUUCCAGCCACAAACACACUUUUGUUCACCCUAGAGUCUGCACUGGAAAAAGGUUUUAUGAAUCUAGCAAAUGUGGGAAAGCCUGCUGCUGCGAGUGCUCCCUCGUUCAGCUCCAAAGAGUCCACCCUGGAGAAAGGCCUUAUGAGUGCAGUGAAUGUGGGAAAUCUUUUAGCCAAACCUCUCAUCUGAAUGACCAUCGGAGGAUCCACACUGGAGAAAGGCCUUAUGUGUGCGGUCAGUGUGGGAAAUCAUUUAGCCAAAGAGCCACCCUCAUUAAACAUCACAGAGUUCACACUGGAGAAAGGCCUUAUGAGUGUGGUGAAUGUGGGAAGUCUUUUAGCCAAAGUUCUAACCUUAUUGAACAUUGCAGAAUUCACACUGGAGAAAGGCCUUAUGAGUGUGAUGAAUGCGGAAAAGCCUUUGGGUCCAAAUCUACUCUUGUUCGGCACCAGAGAACUCACACAGGAGAAAAACCUUAUGAGUGUGGCGAAUGUGGGAAAUUAUUCAGACAAAGCUUCAGCCUUGUUGUACACCAGAGAAUUCACACUACAGCAAGGCCUUAUGAAUGUGGCCAGUGUGGGAAAUCAUUUAGCUUAAAGUGCGGCCUCAUUCAGCACCAGUUAAUUCACAGUGGAGUUAGGCCCUUUGAGUGUGACCAGUGUGGAAAAUCCUUUAGCCAAAGAACUAUCCUUAAUAAACACCAUAAAGUUCACACUGCAGAAAGACCUUACAUAUGUGGGGAAUGUGGGAAAGCUUUUAUGUUCAGAUCUAAACUUGUUCGGCACCAGAGAACUCACACCGGAGAAAGGCCUUUUGAGUGCAGUGAAUGUGGGAAAUUUUUUAGACAAAGCUAUACCCUUGUUGAACACCAGAAAAUUCACACUGGAUUAAGGCCUUACGACUGUGGACAGUGUGGAAAAUCCUUUAUCCAAAAGUCUAGCCUCAUUCAACACCAGGUGGUUCACACUGGAGAAAGGCCGUAUGAAUGUGGCAAGUGUGGGAAGUCCUUUACACAACACUCUGGCCUCAUUCUCCACCGAAAAUCUCACACUGUGGAGAGGCCUCGUGAAAGCAGCAAAUGUGGAAAACUCUUUAGCCCAAGAUCUAACAUUGUGUAACUCCACACCUGAGAAAAGCCUUACACCUGCAGGGAAUGUGCCAUCUCUUUCUUCAGUGUUAUGGCUAUAGAGAGCCUUUGUGAAGGAGCCAUCUGCCUAAACCUCACCCUUCUAAACUGCUGGAAGCGUUUGCUGGAAUUAAAUCAUUAGUCACCUUUGCAUACCAGGGCAAGGCAGAUAACCUGUGUUCUCCCAUUCCUUGGAGGAAAUUCCUUGAGCAGUCUGAGCCUUCAAGGGGAAUUCAUUCCCUUUUUUGACUGAUUGCAGCAUAUAUCUGACCAGCUUUGGCCAGAAGGGCCCAGCCUGGGUUCUGCUGGAAACUGAUGUGGAAGACUUCCCUUCAUGGAAAUUCUUGUUCUCACAAGACAUGUGGUAGUUUUCCCACCCUACAAGUCACCACCUGGUAGCUGGCUACCUCACAUUGCUCUAGUUUGUGUGGUAAUAAAGGCCUUAUUUUAAAAUCUA